UCGCUCACUCACUCACCCACUCACUCAGUCGCCUCUUCACGCUCAUUCCCCUCGCUCACCCACUCCACCAAAUCCCUAGCCCGCGGCGGCGACGCACCUCCCCCUCACUCGCGUCGGCGACUCAACCGCGUCGCCGCCCUUCUCCUCAGGCGUCACCGCCGGGCCUUCUCGUCUGCGUCGCCUCUCCCUCUCACCCGCAUCCUCUGCGCCACAGUCGAGCCAAAGUUGGAUAUUUUAGCGAGGUCGAGUAGGAGCGUGAGAAGCGCGGGCACGGCGGCCUUGUCCUGCUCGAGGAAGGCGGCGACGGAUGCUAGCGCUCCUCGCCGCCAUCGACCUGCAAGGAGGAGCGCCGUGUUGGACGCUGCCAUCUCCGACGCUGCUGGUACUCCUCCGCCGCUACGAGUGCCCCGUCACCUGCGCCCAGGAAAGCCGCGAAGUCGAGCUCCCCAUGAUUGACCUACAAGAUGUACUGUGGUCAAGAACUGCUCUCUGCCGCGGGAGUAGAUUGGAAAGGCUGCUGCUGCUCCUGGACAAUGCGGCUGCUGCUGCCACUACCACUCGUCGAUUCGAGCAUGAGCACAUUCUUGGAGUGGAUCUGCAUUUCAGAAAGUUAACAAGUGGGAGUACAUGGAGUACCACAUUUUAAGUCGAGGAGAAGAUGGUGCCUGCUCCGUGAUGAUGCCACCAGCACCUACGACUUCCUCGACCACCACCACCAUGAUGACGACUUCCUCGAAUGUGGUGAGUACUCCUCCAAUGCUUGUACUCUUAUCAAUGUUUACUGCUGUAAUCAUGGAGUAGUUAGCUGCUGUUAUCAUGGCAGGAGUAAUGCACCAUUAGUUGGUAAGAAAUAAUGUCAGUAUGAAACCUCUCGACAGUAACUGUUUUUUUGUGAGGAACAGUACAUGGUUUCAACUUUAUUUGCCCCAUUCCAUGUUCUGAAAUCAUUACCAAAUCAUACGAAGCAUGAUAACAAUGUUCAAGCUGAUUUGGUGAAUCCGUAGAUUA